UACUUCUGACCCAUUACCUGAAGCUCUCAAACAUGAUUAUAACCCCAGCAGCAGACUAUUGCCGUCAAGGCAGGCAACAGCAGCAGCAGCAGUAGCGGGAACAGCAAAAGUCGCGGUGAAAUCGUCCGGAGUAACUACGUCAUCUGACGAAGGUGUGUUGUUGUAUCGAGGCUUCAACCCGUGGUGGCUUCCGUUGACCACUACUACUGCGAAGAGCACGAGAACAAGCAACCUUCCUGCGAUGUUGUAUCGAGGGGCCGAUAAUCGAUAUGAUAGCUGGCUGAAGGACUAGGUGACAUUAGAGACGAUGCCUAAAUUAACGAAACUUUAUCAAUAUGAUCCCAUCAUUAAAGCUUAACGCUGCGAAAUAACAGUGAUCAAGCUGUUGGAGUUUCCGCUGUAUAACGGCAACGUUGGUACAUGCUGAUGAAGGAUUCAUGAAAACUAUUGAGACAGAGAAAGCAGAUAUUACUAUAACUACCACGUUAAGGCAGCAGGAACUACAAAUUGAUCCAUUGAGAAGAACAUUACUAAAUACAUUUAUAGUAAUUGCGGAAUUUUCAAUGACGGACAAAUUCAGUAGCAACAGACAUGCUUGUGUCUAGUAAAAAUAAUCGCAACUGAUAUGUUGGCUUUUGAAGAUGAGGUAACAAGCCUCGUUGCCGUCCAAACUGGCACUUACUGCGUUUGUUCCAUUACCACCACUUCUGUUCAUGCGCCGUAGGUAAUAGCCAUUACACGCAUCGAAGCUUCGCUGUGCAGUUUGUCUGUCUAGUGCGUCAAUUCCGUUUCCAGCGAUAUAUAUAUACUUUCUUGCGUGAAGGGUGCGUGUUGUACAUGUGGGAGCAAGCUGACAACAAUGUGUUGGAUACGAGAAGCUGCUUGUCUAUAUAAGAAGCACAUAUUUGCACUCGGAAGCCCCUGCAGUCUUGUGCACUAAUCAGCUAUUGUUAUUUUCUGCUUAGUAUAUUAGUGCUUAUAAGCAUUCAGAUGUUCUUCGGUGUUUGCGACAGGUUCAUAGCUAAAGGCAAUCGCGGGGUUUGAUUAACUUGCCUAAAAGAAAAGGAUCGAAUAAUAAGUAAUGAUUUUUAUUUACGAUUAGUAAUCAUUUUUCUUCACCUGAAUUGUAUUCAAGGGAGAAUACAAGGGGAAUUGUAUUCAAUGAUUGUUUUCAAGGGAGACGAUUUCAUAAAUCGAAUACUCAUAUUAAGGCUGGUUAACGACUAAAAUAGGCCUUUUUAUAUUUGAACGCGCAGAAUAAAAACAUCGAAACAUGCGCCCAAAAUAGCUUGGAUUAUCAUUUGACAUGCGCGGAAAACAUUGCACAAGUAAGCCUGAUGAACCUUCCCAAUCAGACAGUCUCCAAAACAUUUAGGUUACGUUAGUUGCUUUUUUAUGUAUAAAUCGUAACGAUAAGUUGAGGGCCUUAUCACGAAAUAGUAGAAUUGAUCAAUCCGAUUUUGGGAUGAACACCGUCCUUCCAAAAAUAGCAGAAUGUCUUCUGUAUAGCGACAUUUGUUUUCGAACUCAGUGUUAAACCCGCUGAAGCUAUCCUUAACAUCUGUUACAAAUCGAUUUCUGAAAGCGGCUACCAAAUUGCACAAUAAUUCUGCAUUGGUCUCAUCGAGCGCCAUGACGUUGUUACGUGCACCGAUGAAGCACAUUGACUGUACUUUCGCUAAAGCGACGCGAUGCGCACAUGCACAUUCUCCAUAGAUUACCUGCGGCCUGGACCGUGAAAGGAAUAUAGAAAUAUAAAAAGCGAAUGACAGGAAAAAGCGCCUCGAACUUGACAAUUGGACCCAGUUUCGUCUGCUCCUACCCAACUUCAUCGUGUGGUUUCUCGUUGUGGUGCGCCGACUACUCGAAACUCUACGGUACGUUGGUUUGCGGCGAUCGCAUUUUUGUGUCACUAUUAGUUGUAGUAUCUUUCAGACUCGACAGGAAAUGUGUGCUGACAUCUUCGCUGUUCACUACGCGUGUUAUGUAAAGUGUAUUGAUAACGGGGUCUGAACUACCGAUGCUCAAAUUUUUCAACCUGGGAUUUAGGCGUUUAGGCCGCCGGGUCGUACGUUAACAUCGACUGUGGCUUCUUUCAAGUAGACACAUAUAUAAAAUUCACAAGUUUCCGAUUUAUAGGCAGAUUAUCAAGCACAGCCCGUGUUGUAAAUAUAUAUUCUCUUAGUCUACCGCACCAUCUCGGUCAUAUGUAGGUCCAAACUGGCUUGACCCCGAAAUAUUCCAUUUCAUCGCUGUUUACUAACUCUCCACUUUUCCUUCUCGAGUCUUUCAGCUUAGUACGUUUUCUCCGUGAUUGCUGAAGCUGAACGCAACGUCUAGUGAGGUGUUGUUGAGCUAUUACUGACAGAAAGUAGUCGAUUCCCUUAAUCUACGUUUCCCUCAUCGUCGUUGUCGACGUCUAUCGAGCCAUCGUCCAUUUAGUCAGCUACCAGACAACCAAAAUGUACAUUAAUUAUGUGCAUGUAGACCGUGAAAUGGUUCGCGCUUUGCAGUGGCGAGGUACCGAUGGCCAAAGUCUGCUAGAUCAAAUGGCGGGACGCUCGGGCUGCUCGCUCCGGAUUGUCACAUCCGAUUUGGACUUCUUUGCUCCGGGCAAUGAAGACACGGCGCUGAUCUCGGUGAUUCAUGAGGACCUUACAAAAGUAGACGAAGGUUGCGAAAUAAUCGCAAAAGAGGUGGAUCGCUUGGAUAAUAUGCGGUUUGAGCGUCCCUUGCCUCCAUGGGCAGUAGGAGCAUUGUUUAAAGACGGCAAAUAUCUACUUAAACAACUUAGGGCAGCAACAGACUGUUAUAUGUACGUCUCCCAUGGAAAUCCAUCUAAAAUCAUUGUCAUCGAUCAGGACGCCCAAAAGCGUUGUGCGGCGCAUAAUGAGAUAAAGAACUUCCUUGGCCACGUACAGCCAAUUCCUGUCUCUCAAAACUUUUGGCACACGGCCUAAGCUUUGUUAUGGCCACAACGCCCACGAAAAAUUUGUCUGCGACACGAGUCUUUUAUUUGGAGUUUGUAUAUCAUUGUAGGAUUGUGUUACGGAUGCCCAUUGAGGUCGUCAUCGAAAGCACAGACUCGCUAGUUCAGUAGAUCGCAGCUCAUAUCGUUCAACGAGAUGCGGAUCAGUUUCUGGUGCAUAAUAGACGCCUGGACGUUGUGAAUAGUAAAUACGUAAUGAAGCAAGCUUCAUAAAUCCAAUUCAUAAAUAUUGCUGAAGUACUUUUGCUCUUGAAUGUGUCCCGUAGCCGUGCAAAUGAUUCUAAACCAAACUAACCACGUUAUUUCUUAAUGAAGAUUCUAAAAUUAAUUAGGAUAAGGACUGAAAACGAUGACGCCACAAAUAAUACUA